AUGUGUCCUAUCUGCAUAGAAUCACAGAAUAGAACUCAUGCCACAGAAUUCCUCCUUCUGGGACUCUCAGAUGAUCCAGAACUGCAGCCUCUUCUGUUUGGGCUGUUCCUGUCCAUGUACCUGGUGACCAUGCUUGGGAACCUACUCAUUAUCCUGGCUGUCAUCUCUGACUCCCACCUCCACACACCUAUGUACUUCUUCCUUUCCAAUUUGUCCUUGGCUGACAUCAGUUUCAGCACCACUACAGUUCCCAAGAUGCUGCUGAACCUCCAGACACAUAGCAAAUCCAUCACCCAUGCAGGCUGCCUAACUCAAGUUACCCUUUUUCCUCUUUUUACAUGUAUGGACAGUCUACUCCUGGCUGUGAUGGCCUAUGACCGGUUGGUGGCCAUUUGUCAGCCUCUACACUACCUGGUCAUCAUGAGCCCUCACAUCUGUGGCUUGUUGGUCCUGCUGUCAUUUUUCAUCAGUCUUUUGGUCUCUCAGCUGCAUUACUUGAUGGUGUCACAACUUAGCUUCUGUGCAGAUGUGGAAAUCCCUCAUUUCUUAUGUGAACCUUCUCAACUCUUUAACCUUGCCUGUUCUGACACCUCCACCAAUGACAUAUUGAUCUACUUUAUUGGUGCCAUCUUUGGUGGUGUCCCACUCUCAGGGAUCUUUUUCUCUUACUAUAGAAUUGUGUCCUCCAUUCUGAGAAUGCCAUCAUCAGGUUCAAAAUAUAAAGCUUUCUCUACCUGUGGCUCUCACUUGUCAGUUGUUUGCUUAUUUUAUGGGACAGGCCUUGGUGUGUACCUCAGUUCAGCUGUCUCAUCUUCCCCAAGGAAGGAUGCGGUGGUCUCAGUGAUGUACACUGUGGUCACCCCCAUACUGAACCCCUUCAUCUACAGUCUGAGGAACAGAGACAUCAAGAAUGCCUUAUGGAGGAUGAUCAGAAUAUCUCUAUACCUGUGCUAUCAUUUUUGUUCAUAG